AUGUCAGCUGAUGAAGAAUUUCCAAAAUUUCCCAAGGAUUUUGAUGAUGUUGUAGUCGAACCAUCACCCUUUGAUGUAAAUAAGUUCAUCCAAAAAUAAAAAAAAUAAAAAAUAUUUUUCAGAUUUCAAGCGUCAAGGAGUUGACAAUUCUGAAUCACUCGAAAAAAUAUGGUGUGCUUUUCAAGGUUAAAACCAGCAGCAAUUCUCGCAUCAAAAUUGAAGAAUGUGCAGAUAUUUUGAAACCAGGAAAUCAGACUACGGUAUUUUUGAUGUUUAUUUGGUAAUCUACAGUAUCAUACAUUUUUUAUGCAGGUUCCAAUAACAAAAUUGGUCGAUGAUGUUUCACGGGAUAAUCUAUUUUUGAUAUUUGCUCUUGUUGGACAACAAUGGUUGGAUGAUAAAAUGUCGGCUUUUCGAUGUUGGGAAAGAGUUAGAAAACAGGCGAUUCCCACAAAAUGUAUUACGGUGAAAAUAAAGAAAUGA